CAAAAUAUCUAUUUAAGAAAUCAAAUUACAGACCGCGUAGAAAAAGAUUGGCGACGCCGUUCGAGAAAUUCCAACGAAAACGAUCCCGUUUUCUUGUAUGUAAUAUUUGCGAAAGGUUUAAGACCGACGGUGUUUCGCUGCAGACAAAAGAAAUCAAUCAGGAAGGAGGUCGUACUGACAUAUAUAUAAUAAUGAAUGAACGAAUGAAUGCCGUAGAUAGUCUCAUUCAAUUUUCUGCUCUCCCCCAUUUCGCUUCCUCUCUGUGCUCUCUGCAAAUCUAGCUCCCGGUAUUUGUCUCCUCCAUUCAGGUCCUCUUCUGCAUAUUCGUUCAAGAUCUGUGCUGUUAAUUUUGUCGGUGAUGUAUAAUUUCUUGAUAUUCUUGUUCAAUUCAUCGUCUUGUUUUUUGUGUGUUUAUUUGCUUCCAUAUACACACUAGAUCGGCUAAAUCUUCAAUACCCAUGUCUCAGAUUUUGCUAAUGAACUCCAUUUCCGGUUCAUUGUUAAGUUUCGGAUGCUUGGACUUCCUUUUAUAGUUGGUACAAAAAUUGAUCUUGAAGACCUAGAUAGAUUUAGCAUCGAAACUUUUUGAGUUUGGGGGAUUUUAAAUUUGGGAACAAUGUCUUCGAUUCGUUUCGAUGCUCCUAAGCAGUACUAUGCCACGAGUAGUCUCGUGAUUGGAUACGCUCUCUGUUCGAGCUUGCUCGCUGUGAUUAAUAAGUAUGCCAUUACCAAAUUCAACUAUCCUGGCCUUUUGACUGCAUUGCAGUACUUAACCUCUGCUCUGGGUGUUUGGGUUCUGGGAAAGCUGGGGUUUUUGCACCAUGAUUCCUUCACAUGGGAGACUGCCAAGAAGUUUUUACCUGCUGCCUUUGUUUUCUAUCUCGCAAUCUUCACAAACACCAAUCUUCUUCGCCAUGCCAAUGUGGAUACUUUCAUCGUGUUCAGAUCCUUGACACCCCUUUUGGUUGCAAUUGCUGAUACCGCAUUUAGGAAACAACCAUGCCCUUCCAAGCUUACAUUUGUAUCAUUGUUGAUCAUUUUGGGUGGAGCUGUUGGGUAUGUGGCCACUGAUUCAGGUUUUACUUUGACUGCUUAUUCUUGGGCAUUUGCUUAUUUGGUGACAAUUACUACUGAAAUGGUUUACAUCAAGCAUAUGGUCACCAAUCUUGGGUUGAAUACUUGGGGUUUUGUGUUGUAUAACAAUUUGUUAUCCUUGAUGGUGGCUCCGUUGUUUUGGAUUCUUACUGGAGAGUAUUCUGAUGUGUUUGCUGCUCUGGCAACAAGUUCUGGGAGUUGGCUUCAAUCCAGUGCAUUUUUUGCCGUAUCGUUGUCGUGUGUGUUUGGUUUACUCAUCAGUUUCUUUGGGUUUGCAGCAAGGAAGGCGAUCUCUGCAACAGCAUUCACAGUUACUGGUGUGGUUAAUAAGUUUCUCACAGUUGCCAUUAAUGUUUUGAUAUGGGAUAAGCAUGCCAGUCCCUUUGGAUUGGUUUGCAUCCUCUUCACAAUUUCAGGUGGAGUUCUUUAUCAGCAAUCAGUUACCAAACCUGGCAGUGCUCCGCCGCAACGAGAGUCAACUGUGUCUAAGCAGAGUAGCAGUGAGAAUGAUGAAGGUGGUGAUUUUGAGGAAGAAAAUCAAGGAAGGGGAAUUCAUGGUAAACUUGCUUCUGUAUAAGACCUUUGUAUGUUUCAUUUUCUAGCCUCCAUGAAAACAGUUUCAUAAUAUUUGAUGUGCUUCGUCUGGUAUUAGUGAUUCUGUAUUUGGAGCAAAAACUCUAGGUAUUAAUGACUCAGGAAAUAUUCUGUAUUAGAUUUUACGGAUAUUAUAAUUUCUUUUCCGAAGAUGAAAUGGUUCGCACUUAUGCUGACCUAUCCUUUUGUUAUUC